AAUAUAAGGCAACCCUGUCAUUGAAUUACAUCAUAAGUGAGGUAAUGACUUUUCCUAUCAUAAGGAGAGCGUAAAUUCGCGAAGAGAGCACAAGGAGUAAAGAUGUUGUGUGUGAAUAUUGAGCUAUGAAUUCACAUGGAUACGUAUAUCGGAUUGCUCCAGGAACAUCAAAUUAAAGACUGGUUUUUCUCGUCAUUGCAAUGAAUGUGUUACCGUAAAUCUUAACCUACAUUUUGAACUUAUUGCACGCGUGGACGAACGAUUUGACAAGCUCUCUGUCAAAGUUAACGGAUCAAUUUGUUUACUGUUGUUGUUCUCGAGAAAUAUUAUGGCUGUUGUAGAAAAAAGAGCCGGUCCUGUUGUGGAACUGAAAAAAAUGGAUGUUUAUUACAAAUCCUUCAUUGCAGGAGGUGUUGCUGGCAUGUGUGCAAAAACAACAGUAGCUCCUUUAGAUAGAAUUAAAAUUUUAUUACAAGCCCACAAUCACCACUACAAGCAUUUAGGUGUUUUUUCUGGUUUAAGAGGCAUAGUAAUCAAAGAAAGUAUUUUAGGACUAUAUAAGGGAAAUGGAGCACAAAUGGUCCGGAUAUUUCCAUAUGGUGCUGUUCAAUUUGUUUCAUUUGAAAUCUAUAAAACGAUGCUUAGAAAUACUUUUGGACAAUCACAUGCAUUAAAGUUUUUUGCUGGUUCAGCUGCAGGUGUAACAGCUGUAAUGAUGACAUAUCCGUUGGAUAUUGUACGAGCUCGUCUUGCAUUUCAAGUCACUGGAGAGCAUGUAUACUCAGGCAUUUACGAUACUCUAUCAUGCAUUUUCAGAACAGAAGGUGGCUAUAGAGCUCUGUACAAAGGUUUAUCCCCUACAGUUCUGGGCAUGAUUCCAUAUGCAGGUUUAUCCUUCUAUGUUUUUGAAAGAUUCAAGUGCCUGUGUUUAGAGUAUAUGCCAAAGUGGUGCGGCCGACCUCAUUCCAGUAGUAGUGGCGGUAUAGUAUUAACAGUGCCUGCUAAAUUAUUGUGUGGAGGUCUAGCAGGAGCAGUUGCUCAAACAGUGUCAUAUCCAUUAGAUGUUGCUAGAAGAAAAAUGCAGCUGUCAAUGAUGAGACCAGAGACCCAUAGAUAUGGGAAGGGUCUUGUUACGACACUUGUUUUAACAUUCCGUGAAGAUGGUGUGGUGAAAGGUUUGUACAGAGGGAUGACCAUAAAUUACCUAAGAGCUAUUCCCAUGGUUGCAGUCUCCUUUUCAACCUACGAGCUGACAAAACAGAUUCUUGGUUUAGAUGCUGGACUUGAAUCGUGAUCUGGUUAACUUUUUUUAUGAUACAGGGUCUCCAAAAAGUAUCGAUAUGUCAAAUAUUAACUUGGAAUCAAAAAUCUGAAAGUUUACUUGUGAAAUAUUAAAAAAGGUAUUCUACAGUAUCAAAGACUGCCCAAACUCACCCCAUGGAGUGGGGAGGAAGAAAAUAAUUUCAUAAAGGAGCAUUAAUUUUUAUUGCAGAUAUGGAUUCUCCAGAAACUAAUUUCCCAAUUUCGACUUACAGGUUUUUCCAUUUUAGUUUAUUGAUGGUAUUUUAAUCGCAAAAAUAAAAAAAAGUGUUCUUAUUGUUUAAAAAGUAGGUAUCUUGAAAAAACGACAAAAUAUAUUUAUAUAAACUUUCUAAUAUUCUUAGCGACCUAUUUGAUGAUACCAAAAUUGACUUCUACCCCCUGGAAAAGACACAUUCAAGUUAGGGACCAUUGAAUGUGCCUUUUUUUAACACAUGUAUUUAUAGAUUUUUGAUAUAAUAUGUAUUUUUGAGAUAUUUGACUGUUUAUACUUUUUGAAUGCCCUGUAGAAUUAGCUGUUGUAUCCCCCCAAAGAACUGAUUUUUUUGCAAAUUUUUGACCAAUGUUGUCUCACGUGGAAACUGUGUUUUAUUUAUUUGUACAUUUUAUAAUUUAUUUAAUUGUUAACAUGUUGUGUUUUGGGGAUUAUUUUUGCGUAUUGGUCUUGAAUUUACUUUUUAUUAUUUUAAAUUUUAGUGAGUUUUAUCUUUUGAUUUUUGUUGAAAAUGCAUACCUUUUGAAAAGAAUGCAUGUGUCCAAUCUUGUUGUAGGCAUCUGAUGUUAUGUCUCUGUUGAAAAAGUGUUAAAUUCUAAAAUUAAUGGGUACUAUUCUGUUUCAGGAAGUGUGCAUAAAAAGCCAAUUAUCAUAGAAAGACAUGAAGUCUUAGGAGUUUAUGAAACUAUGGCACCAUAGAUAUCUAACAAUUUUUGUUAUUAAUUUUAAGAUUAUUUAUUUAUAGUAUUGAAAAUCUUAUUUAUUUUAUAAUAUAAAUUAAAUAAAAAGGCACCAGUCCAUACCUUUUUAGGUCUAGUAUUAUAUUAGAUAGUGUAAUAAUAAUAAUAAAAAAAUUCAAGUGCUAUUUCAAUACAAAACCUACUUGGAUUAUGCUUCUUUCAGAUUGUGAAAAAUGCUUGCAUAUUAUUUUCUUCGCAACAUUUCAUGGUUUACUCUGCUGGUCAGAAUAUUAUCAGAUCUAUUAGGGGGUUUAAAAAAUUCACUUUUUCUCCAUUGACUUAACAUUAGCAGCCAACAAUAAAUUAAACAGUUUGUUGAAUCUCCAUACUCAUAAAGAAACUAAUGGUUGUAAUUUAUAUUAUAAAAUUAUUCAUAAAUAACUAGAGUAUACCAUAAAAGCUUUUUAGCACGGCACUUUGGUUUCACAGCAGAAUCUCGAUCUUGCAAACACUUCACUUUUUAAUUAGUGCAAUAUAAACUGUAAAUAAAAAGUGCUUUAGUGCUAAUUUUGUACAAGAAAGAUUUUGCGACUAUUAUAAUAUGUCAUUUCUGCUAAUAAUAGUGUAUACAUUUUACCAUUUAAGACAUUGAAAAACUAUAUAUUUAUCGUGAAUAUGUGUUGUUUUUUUUGUUUGUUUAAUGUAUGUAUAAUUUUUUUAUAAAAAUAUUUUUUGUAUAAAUAUAUUUUAAUGCAGAAUUGGUAUUAUGUAUAAAUGUUUUUAAGAUUAUUUUUCUUUCUAUUUAAAAUUGUUUGGUUUUAACUUGUUUGUGUGUGAGAGAGAUUAGGUACUUAAUUAGCACACAGAGCUCAUAAUUUUCAGGGUAAAAAAGUCAUUUUGAUUAUUUUGUUUACAAAAGAUCUGAGUAGGUGUUUUAUAAUUUUUAAAUGUUGUGAAUUUUGUAUAUGUCAUUGUCACUUGCAAUGCUCCAGGCAAAUUGAAAAAAGUAUUCAGUUUUAUUUAAUCAGCCUGAUAUUUUUAAGACUAAUCAUACUCAGUCUACAUGCCUUUUGGUUAAUUAGGAAAUGCGUAAUAGAAACAGUCAGAAUAAAUUUGCUGAGGCUUAUCUCAAUUAACCAGUAUUACUCUAAGCUUAUUAAACCUUGCUUAAAUAAAUUAGGCUAAUUGAGAAAUGAA